UGAUGUUUUAGCUGCAGAGCCGCGAACUGAACUAUUAUUAUCAGAGCAGGGCGGGUUUUGCCCUCUAGUGGACACAGAUGAGAGGAAAACACAAGUUACGUGACUUCCUGUGGAAAUAGAAAUUGAACCCAACUCUGGUCUCCUUCAGAUCAGCCUCCAUUUUGAGCUGCAGGAUGGAAAUAACUUGCUGACUUGUUACUAGAGGACAGUUAGUGGAACCGGAUCACUGGACUGACUGGUUCUGGUUUCUCUCUCCAAACAUCCAGAAGAUGAAAGAUCAGGACAGAGCAGAACCUCCAGGACCCAUCAGUCCAUCUAUGAGGAGUGAUUGGUCCAAAGGAAACAAUCCAGACUUCAGUAAUGAACCUGAACCAUCAGACAGAAAGAGAAGACGGGAGGAGCAUCCAUCCUGCUGUGCUUUGGGUCAGAAUGUUCUGAUGGAUCCAGUCUGUACCAGCUGCCCCCAGUGUGGGAAACGACCCAGAACAGGAUCUGGACUGAUGACAGCCAAUCAGAGCAGCUGUGCUCCAGGACAGUUACUGGAACCGGAUCACUGGACUGACUGGUUCUGGUUUCUCUCUCCAAAAGGCCAGAAGAUGAAAGAUCAGGACAGAGCAGAACCUCCAGGACCCAUAAGUCCAUCUAUGAGGAGUGACUGGUCCAAAGGUCUUCCUCCAGGGUUCAGUAAUGAACCUGGACCCUCAGACAGAAAGAGGAGCUUUGGUGAGGAGGAGCAUCCAUCCUGCUGUGCUUUGGGUCAGAAUGUUCUGAUGGAUCCGGUCUGUACCAGCUGCCCCCAGUAUGGGAAACGACCCAGAACAGGAUCUGGACUGCUGACAGCCAAUCAGAGCAGCUGUGCUCCAGAUUUUGAUAUUCGGUGUCAGAGUGACCAUAAAGCGUCUCUGAAGAAGAAGUUCCAGAGUCUCUCUGAAGGCGUCGCUGAACCUGGAAAUCAAACCGUUCUGAACCAGAUCUACACAGAGCUCCACAUCACAGAGGGGUUAACUAGAGAGGUCAACCAGGAACAUGAGGUCAGACACAUUGAAACAGCAUCUAGGAAACAAGAAACAAUCAGAAGAGAAAACAUCUUUAAAGUCCCACCUGGAAGAGAUCAACCAAUCAGAACAGUGAUGACCAUGGGAGUGGCUGGCAUUGGGAAAACACUGUUAACACAGAAGUUCACUCUGGACUGGGCUGAAGGCAAAACCAACCAGAACAUUGAUUUCAUAUUUCCAUUCACUUUCAGAGAACUGAAUAUGUUGAAAGAAGAAAAGUUCAGCUUAUUAGGACUGAUUCAUAAAUUAUUUUCUAAAACCAAAGAAAUCAGCAGCUUUGAAACGUUCCAGGUUCUGUUCAUCUUUGAUGGUCUGGAUGAAAGUCGAUUUACUCUGGAUUUCAACAACAAUCCGAUCCUGACUGAUGUUACAGAGUCCAGCUCAGUGGAUGUUCUGGUGACAAACCUCAUCAGGAGGAAACUGCUUCCCUCUGCUCUCCUCUGGAUAACCACACGACUUGCAGCAGCCAAUCAGAUCCCUGCUGAGUGUGUUGACAUGGUGACAGAGGUCAGAGGGUUCACUGACCCCCAGAAGGAGGAGUACUUCAGGAAGAGAUUCAGAGAUGAUGAAGAGAAGGCCAGCAGGAUCAUCUCCCACAUCCAGAAAUCAAAAAGUCUCCACAUCAUGUGUCACAUCCCAGUUUUCUGCUGGAUCACUGCUAAAGUUCUGGAGGAUGUGAUGAAGACCAGAGAGGGAGAAAAACUGCCAAAGACUCUGACUGAGAUGUACAUAGCAUUCCUGGAGGUUAACUUCGCAAUCAAGAAGGAAAAGUAUGAUGGAGGAAAAAAGACAAGAUCAAUCUGGAGUCCAGAGAACAAGAAGCUGAUUGAGUCUCUAGGAAAACUGGCUUUUGAGCAGCUGCUGGAGGGAAACCUGAUCUUCUAUGAUGAAGAGCUCAAAAAGUGCGGCAUCAACAUCAAAGAUGCUGCGUUGUUCUCAGGAGUGUUCACUGAAAUGUUUAAAAGAGAGAGAGGGACGUGCGACAUCUCCGUCUACUCCUUUGUUCAUCUGAGCAUCCAGGAGUUUCUGGCUGCAGUCUACAUGCUCCACUGUUUCACCAGCAGGAAGUCAGAGGUGAUCAAGACGUUUCUGGGAGAAAAAUACAGAGAAACAUCUCUAGAUGAGUUCAUGAAGAAAGUCAUGGAGAAAUCCCUCAGCAGUGAAAAUGGCCACCUGGACCUGUUUGUCCGCUUCCUUCAUGGUCUCACUGUGGAGUCCAACCAGAGACUCUUAGAAGAUCUGCUGGGUCAGACAGAGAACAGUCCAGAAACCAUCCAGAGAAUCAUCACCAACCUGAAGGAGAUGAACACUGAUAGAAUCUCUCCUGACAGAAGCAUCAACAUCUUCUACUGUCUGGUGGAGAUGAACGACGUCUCAUUUUAUCAGGAGAUCCAACGGCUGCUGGAUUCAGGGAAGCAGCUCUCAGUGACUGACUGUUCAGCUCUGGCCUUCAUGCUGCAGAUGUCAGAGGUUCUGGAUGAGUUGGACCUGGAGAAGUACAACACAUCAUCAGAUGGACGACUGAGACUGGUUCCAGCUGUGAGGAACUGCAGAAAGGCUCGACUUGGUGGCUGUUUGCUCCAAAAGGCUGAAUGUGAAGUUUUGGCCUCGGCUCUGAAGUCCAACCCAGAUCUGACUGAACUGGAAAUAAGUUGGAUCUUCAUAAAAGAAGGUGGAGACUCUGAUCUGAAGCGUCUGGUUGAGAUCCUGGAGAGUUCAGUCAGUAAAGUGAAGAAUCUGAGAUUGUGGAACUACAGUUUGUCAGAGACCAGCUGGACUUCUCUGUUCUCAGCUCUGAAGUCCAACCCGACCCAUCUGAGAGGACUGGACCUGACAUGGACCAACCUGGGAGAUUCUGGAGUGAAGGAGCUCUGUGGUUUUCUACAGACUGAAGGCUGCAGACUGGAGACAUUGAAAUUGAAUCUCUGCAGUUUGUCAAAGAUCAGCUGUUAUUAUUUGGCCUCAACUCUGAAGUCCAACCCGACCCGUCUGACAAGACUGGACCUGCAAGAAAACAACCUGGAGGAUUCAGAUGUUCAGCAGCUGAAGAAUCUUGUAAAGACUUUAAAGUUCUGAUCUCUGUGAAGUAGAAAAUGGUCUCAGUGUCCUGCUGAUCCUCAGAGGUUGAAGCUGCAGCAGUUUGAGUGUAAAGAGACUCUGACUGGAUCAUGAUGAUGACCUCUGACCUCCAAGGUUUUCCUCCCGUUUAUUUUCUCGUGUCUGUCAUUUAGUGUCUGAUAGUGUUUGUCUCUUUGGAUCAAUAAAGAUCCAAUUCAAACUGGGCUCCAUUUAGAGGCUUCAUGGAGUUUUGAUCUGAACUGGAUUCA